AUGUCGGAACAAGACCAGUGGCACGAGUUGGGAGAGAGCGAACAAGAUUACCAAAAUGGGCACAAGGGGGAAAAUUCAGAGUCAGGAGCAGGGCAACCAGGUGAAUGUCCUCACGAGAAAUACAAGGCUGGUUCUGCCUCAGAAGGUGCGUACCAAGAGGAACUUGAUACAGAAGAACAAGGAAAUACUCCUGAAAAUGGUCGUGAAAGCGGAGAGCCGGAAUCAACUGAAUAUCCAAAGGAUGAAUCAGAAAGUCAAGCUGCUCUUGCUGCAGAGGAGAAUGUGAGCCAAGGACAACAACACACAGAACAUGAUGUUUCUGAAAGUGGUGUC